UAUCUUUUCAGGGAUACCAUAAAAGAUUAAGAAGAAAAAAACAUAACUCGGUCGACAUGUUCAGCGAAAGACAAAAGCGAGGAGUUAACAUUGAAAUGCCGAAAGCUAAAACGAUACCGGAUAGGUGGGAGAAGUAUGUACCUUUUGGAGAUGUUAUCAAAGGGACAAACAUUCUUCCUCUUAAAGUACCCUUAAAGGAGAAUCUGAGCUCAAGAUUACUUGAAAAGGAUAGGUUUACUCCAGAUGAUUUACUUCAAAAACUAAAUGAGAUGAAUUACAGAAUGGGUCUUAUCAUUGAUCUGACUGCCACAACAAGAUACUACAAUCCUGAGAUUUUCAUUGACAGAGAUGUGCAAUAUGUCAAGGUUUUUACUCCGGGCCAUGUAGUGCCUCCACCAGAGGUCGUAGAUAAGUUUACUGCUGCAGUUUCAUCAUUCAAGGAAUACAAUAAAGAUAAUGAUAUGAUUAUAGGUGUACACUGUACUCAUGGGGUGAAUAGGACAGGGUAUCUUGUAUGCCGGUAUCUCAUAGAGCAGGAGGGUUUUAAGCCUGAAGAUGCUUUGAAAGCAUUUGAAGAGGCGAGAGGAUACCCAAUUGAGAGAGAGAAUUACAUUGAAGAUCUUUUACAGCUUAGUGGUGAUAGGAGGGAAUCUGUACGUUCCAAAGAAUUUCAUGAUGUAUACUUCCAAGAGAGAGGAAAGAAUGACCAUUAUAGGACAAGAAAUAACUAUGAUCAUGACAGAAGAGGACAUCACCAACAACAGUAUCACGACCCCUAUUAUUGGUAUGGAGGAGCCCAGCCGGUAGCAUACGGGAGCACAUUCCAGAGGCACUCACGUUGGGAUAGUCCACAUGGAAGUAGGGGUGAUCGUGACAACUGGAGAGAUAGAGGGGUGAAUUAUGUACCUGAUUGUCAUGCAUGGCAGGGAGAGGGUGCCUAUGGCGGCGAGUGGAAUGGAAGAGAAUAUAGGAACUGGAAUGGUCCGAACCAGACUGGUUCAAACUGGAAGGGGCAGAACUGGAAUGGGCAGAACUCUGAAUCUCAUAGUGCCCAGAAUAAGUGGAGGUCAAACAAUCAAAGGACUUCUCGAGGUAGUUCGAACAGAGGACCUGAAAAACAAGCUUUCAUGCGCAAAACUCCGAGGAAUAUACCCUAUUGAACAUAUUCUAGCUCUACUAGGCCCCAUUUAAUAAAACUUGUGUGUUGAUAACAAGUUACUGUAACUGGGCACUGAAAUAUAUUUGAUUAGCUGUGAGUUAUAGAAAUGUGAGACUUGUUGUUGAUUAAAUGUUUUAUGAAACAGGGCACUUAUGAGAACAUGGUAGUAGUGUUUGAUCUUUAGCUCUUUUUUUUUUUUUAACCAUUUGUUAAAGAUACUAUGUCCCUUUUGCAGCCAACAUCAAAUUCUGUAGCACUUUGCAGGAAUUAUAA